GGCUCCUCUAUUUAGAGAGACGUCCAGGACGUCUAACUCUUAUCUCUAUCAAAAUUGCAUACACUACUUCAAUGGCAUUCAGUUCACCAUCUUCUUCGUUUUCUCCUCCUUCUACUCCUAGAUGGUCUUACGAUGUAUUCUUAAGUUUUAGAGGAAUAGAUACUCGCAAUAAUUUUAUUGCCUAUCUAUACCCUGCUCUAUGUCAAAGGGGAAUCAAAACCUAUAGAGACGACAAAGAUCUUGAAAGAGGAGAGACAAUUUUACCUACACUUCUCAAAGCCAUUGAGGAGUCAAUGAGUUAUAUUAUUAUAUUAUCUCCAAACUAUGCAUCCUCAAAAUGGUGCUUGGAGGAGCUAACGAAGAUUCUUGAGUGUAAGAAAAGAAAACAACAAAUUGUUUUACCAGUAUUUUAUCAUGUAGAUCCAUCUGAAGUACGAAAUCAAGAAGGAAGUUUUGGAGAAGCAUUGGCUAAACAUCGAGAGAAGUUCAAGGAGAACCCGAAGGUGCAGAGGUGGAAGGAAGCACUACAAGAGGUUGCCGGUUUGGCUGGAGAACAUUUGGAAGACGGGAAUGAAUAUGAAUUUAUGCAUAAAAUCAUUCAAUGGGUGGACUCAACAAUAGUUAAAUCUAUAUACCAAUUAGACAUUGUUGAGUAUCCAAUUGGACUAGAGUCUCGUCUAAAAGACUUGAAUACUAAUUUAGGAAUUGGAAUGAAUGACAUUACUCUCAUGAUAGGGAUUUAUGGAAUUGGUGGAAUUGGUAAAACAACUGUUGCCAAAGUAGUCUUUAACUCAAUUGGACAACAAUUUGAAGCUAGAUGUUUUCUAGCAAAUAUUAGAGAGAUUUCAAGUCGAGAGGACGGUCUAGUCAAACUGCAAGAGAAACUUCUUUAUGAGCUCUUAGGAAACUUUGGAAAUUUUAAUAUUGGCAAUAUUGGAGGUACUAAUGUUAUAAAACAAAGGCUUUGCUCUAAAAGGGUACUUCUAAUUCUUGAUGAUGUGAAUGAGACGCACCAAUUAAAAGAAUUGGCUGGAAAUAAAAAUUGGUUCGGUCCAGGAAGUAGAAUAGUAAUAACAACUAGAGAUCAACAUCUAUUAACCUAUCAUCAAGUUGAUUCAACGUACGAAGUGCAGGGAUUGGACGACAACCAAGCUAUUCAGCUAUUUAGUUGGCAUGCAUUUAAAAGAGACAAACCAGUUGAGAGUUAUGUAAAACUCACGAAAUGUAUAAUAGGUUAUGCUAAGGGCCUUCCACUAGCUCUUACAGUGCUUGGUUCAGAUUUGGCUGGUAGACAUAUACAAGAAUGGAAAAGUGCAUUGGAAAAAUAUGAAAGAAGUCCUCACAAGGAUAUUUAUCAAAUUCUUAAAAUAAGUUAUGACGGGCUAGAUGAUAAUGAAAAGGAUAUUUUCCUUGACAUUGCAUGUUUCUUCAAAGGGAAGUUUGUUGGAUAUGUCAUGAAAAGACUAGACAGUUGUCGUUGUUCAUCAUCAAUUGGCAUUGCAAGGCUUAAAGAUAAGUGUCUCAUUGAUAUUCGUAAUGAGUGUGUGGAGAUGCAUGACUUAUUGCAAGAAAUGGGUAAAGAAAUUGUUCGACAAGAAUCACCUAAAGAAGCUGGCGAGCGUACUAGAUUGUGGUUUCAUGAAGAUGUUCGCCAUGUAUUAGAAGAAAAUACGGGAACAAACAAAAUUGAAGCGAUUUUGUUAGAUUUUCCUAAAGGCGAUGACAUGAUAUGCAUGCAUUCCAAGGCAUUUAUGAAGAUGAGGAAUCUUCGAUUGUUUAUAAAUGAGAAUGCACAAUUUUCUGCAGGACCGAAUUAUCUCUCUAAUGAGAUGAGAGUGCUUGAUUGGCCUCAAUAUCCUUCAUCAUUUUUGCCUUCUAGUUUUCGUGGAAAUAAUCUGGUUCAAUUCAAAAUGCGUGAUAGCCUCAUCAAGGAGUUAGGUGGCCUAAAAUUCAAGAACUUGACAGAUAUGGAUUUAAGUGAUUGUCAAUUCUUAACAAAAAUUCCUGAUCUUUCAAGUAGCCCAAAUUUAGAGAACUUGGAUCUUGGAUAUUGUAAGAACUUAGUUGAGGUUCAUCAUUCCAUUGGAUUCCUUGAUAAGCUUUGGAGAUUAUCUGUUAAUGGAUGCUGCAAGCUUAGGAUUUUGCCGAGAAGAUUCAAAUUGAGAUCUCUACGUUUAUUUUAUUUUAACGGUUGCGCAAGUCUUGAAGACUUUCCAGAGAUUGAAUGUGAAAUGGAAUUUUUACAUACGUUAGAUUUUUCUAGCACUAGCAUAAAAGAACUACCUUCAUCAAUUGGCAAUCUUACAAAACUUCAAGAAUUAUAUGCAGCAGGCUGCAUUGAUCAAUUGCAAAGUCUACGUAUUGUCAAAGUCGAUGGUUAUUCACAACCAACAAACGUUGGAAAGGUGGAGGAGGAUGGUAUACAUUCCACACCAUCUAUUGUGUCUACAGGUGACUAUGAAAUUGCAUCAACUGCUGUAGAAUUGUCUUCGAAAAAUUUGAGCAUUUUUAAUGAUGCUAGUUCCUCCUCAAGCCCCAUUUGGAAAUCGCUACAAUUUUUAAGUCUUCAAUCCUAUUGCCUGUCAGAAUCAAAUUUCUUCACGUAUGCCUAUUACUUUCCUGCUUUGGAUAGUUUAGAUCUAAGUGGGAGUGAUAUUGUUAUCUUUCCAGUUCAAGGGGUCGAAUUUGUUAGGUUACGACACCUUUGUUUGAACAAUUGCAAGAAACUUGAAGAAAUUUUACCUCUUCCAUUGAGUAUAGCAAGUGUUCAAGCUCGUGAAUGUAGGUCAUUGGAAAGUUUUGAACUACUAUCUAACAUACUUACUAACAAUGGAAUGAAUUUUCCUAACUUCCUUUGGAUUGACUUGUAUGGAUGCCAUAAACUGCUUGCGAAUACGAGGCCAAUUCCUUCAUGGGAAGAGAGACAUUCUAAGGAACAAAAUCAAGCAUAUGCAUUUAAAGUAAGAGAUAUUGGCAUUAUAUUUCCAGGAAAGAGGAUUCCAAGCUGGUUUAGCUAUCGCAAGGAGGCCCAUGAUAGUAAUUUGUGUGAAAUAGAUAUUAAUCAACCACAUCAUUGGAAUGACAUAGAUGAAAUUGUUUUCUAUGUUGUUUUUGGAUUUAGAGUUGGGAUCAUUAACCCAAGAAUGGAGCAGGAUAUUUUUGUUAGCAUCCAUGAUGGCUCGAGUUGGAAGGACUUAUAUACUCUUAAUUUGAGACUUUUUCAGACGGACUCGGACCAUGUAUGGAUGUACUGGAUGAGUUACUAUGAAGAAGUGGAUGUUUCAAGGUUUAGAUUUGAAUGUAAGUCAGAGCUCGUGAUCUUUAGAAGUGUUGGGAUCCAUUUCCUAAAGAAGCAUGAAGAGAACGUAAGAGAUGAAGAUCAUAAAAGUUUGCUCUACAAAAUUCCUUUCAAAGAUUUUGGUCUUGACUUUUUAUAUUCAAGUAGUGAUAAAGAAGGUGACAGUUUGCUGGAUUUAAUGUAUGAUAUGAGGCAUUCCUCAAUUUCGGAAUUGGAGAAUAAUGAUGAGAAUCAAAAGAAAGAUUUGGAAUUAGAGAAUGAUGAUGAGAAGCCGAAGGGAAGAUUUGGUAAGAGGCAUCUUGAUGAAUAUGAUUGCAACCUGGAAUUCAACUGGUACCCUCAAAAAAAGAGGUAGCAUUCCUCAACCAUGGGCAUCAUAAUAACAAAAUUAGAGAAUGACGAUGAGAAUCCAAAGGAAAGAUGUUUUGCUAUUCUGUUUUGCUGUUUUCUUUGUUGUUUGUUGCCUUCUUGAGAUAGGGAUAUGCAUCAUCAUGAGGUUGAGAAGAUGGAAUCCCAAAUAAACCAAACAUAUUACUGUUAAUGCUACCAAACAAUGGUUCAUGUGGAAUUUUAUAGCUUUAAGUGUGUAUAAAGAAUCUAUAGAUCAUGUGAAGCUGUCACAACAACUCGCAUCAAAUGCUGACGUAGAAGGCAUCUCUCUCAGAGCUGUCCCACAUCAAAACUGCAUGGAAAUGGAGGGAAUAACCACCUGGAGAGAGAGUGCAGCAGAAUCAUUGGAGGGAAUGGAGGAAGAAAGGCUAAAAGGAGAGUGGUGGGACGCAAGAGAGGGGGAUGCUGGCUGGCAGAGCUGAAAACCGUGAGGAAAGAGGAUUGCUUUUGCAGUCAAAAAUUCUGUUUUGCUCGUCUUCUUUUCAUUUUUCUGGAUGAACCAUUUGUUGUUUUGUGUUCUGAAUAUUUCAUUUUCAUACUGGAUUGAAGGGUAAAUUUCGAAGUAACCUAGGUGAAGGGAAUCCUUUGCACAAAGAGGUUUUGCUUGGGGGUUUUGGUUUUUGUUUGAUUUUAAAUUGUGUUCAUAUGAAUUCCUAUCAAUUUCCUGGAAAUCAAGUCUAGAGGUUCAUUCGUAAUCUUGUUUUGACUCAUUGUUGGCUCUGGGCACGGUGGGUACUUAAGGGGUACAAACUCUAGCUUCGAAUACUAAAUGUUGAUGUUGAUAUGAAAUCUGUGAUGUUAUUCAGAAAGUGUUUGUUAGUGCUGAAAUUAUAGAUAUUCUCCAUAUGCUCUAUUCUAGACUGAAAUUGCAUGUGAUGUUUUUAUAAACGCCAAAUCCCAUUUGAAACCCCUUGGUGCAAAGAGGACCUGCAGCCUAGGUGUUUGUCUAAAGUCACUUGAGAAACUUAGUUCUAAAAAUUUCAUUUGAUUUACUGUCCAUGCUCAUAAAUCGGUUUCUUGUCUAUUUUGGUUCUAAAUUUCAUAUUGUUGUUAAGUACACCACUUGUUGGUCUCAUUAAUCAAACUCCACCUCCAUUUUGAACUAAACUGACAUUCAGCCUUGUCCCAUGGCUUUAAGAAUGUUGCAUUCAGCUUAAACUCUUUUUUUUUUUCUUGACUUUAUUAAUUCCAAUAGUUUUCUUGUUGCGAACAAAGCUGGAAAAUGACUUGAUCCUUGUUAAAUCGACCUUGGAUUCCCUUUAUAUACAAGCUAAACACCUUCUGCACUUGGAAGGCAAUUUAAAAGAAGAACCAAGUUUUUGGCGCCGUUGUCGGGGAUCAAUGGAAAAUUUUUAGUGCUGACACAAUCAGACAUUUCAAGAGGUGUUUUAGUGUGAACCUCUUCACACUUUGGUGAUCUCUAAUCCUAACUCCUUCCUUUCUUGUUAUUUUAUUUUAUUUUUUAUCUCUUUACCUUUGACUAUUAUGUGUUCUGUUUGUCUCAUACUGACUUAGAGUAAUAACUAAAAAGCAGUUAAGUGUGGUUGAUUACUACCCUGCCACCAUUCUACACCAACUUUGGUGUUAUCUUGGUGCUUCUGUUGGGAAAUUGAAUGUCUGUUUGGAGUCGUGAUUUUUCCUCUAGACUAGUCAGAACUGAAUCAGUAACAUAUUCUGAUUGUGAGUCACUUUUAUUUGAGUCAUCCUCAUAUAGUUUUAGCUCUAUGGCUGAAGAGGAACAUGUUGGGAGAAGAGUGGUAAGCCAGAAUAGACCACUCAAGGAUUAUUUGCAACCUGUUAGGGCUAGUUCACCCUCAUGCAUCAUUCAACCCCUAAAUGCAAAUAAUUUUAAUUUUAAGCCCAGGAUGAUGCCUUGGAUACCUCAUUUUCAUGGAAUGGAAUCAGAAAAUCCUUAUUUGCACAUCAAAGAAUUUGAGGAAGUUUGUUCAACUUUCAUGGAUCAGACUUGCACUGAAGAAGUUAUCAGACUCAAGUUAUUCCCCUUUCCAUUAAAAGACAAAGCCAAGACUUGGCUGAAUUCUUUAAGGCCUAGGACUAUAGGAACAUGGCAAGAAAUGCAAACUGAGUUUUUUUUUUUUUAAAUUCCUAUGCACAGAACUAAUGCAUUGAAGAGACAGAUUAUGAACUUUGCCCAAAAAGUAACUGAAACCUUUUAUCAGAGCUGGGAGAAGUUCAAGGAUUUACUCAAUGCUUGUCCUCAUCAUGGGUAUGAAAAUUGGAGGAUAAUAAGUUUUUUCUAUGAGGGUUUACAACCCAAGAUGAGACAAUUUGUGGAGACAAUGUGUAAUGGAGAGUUUUUCAAUAAAGAACCAGAGGAGGCUUUUGAAUACUUUGAUUAUUUAUCUGAAAAUGCUCAGUCACGGGAUGUUUCAGAUGCAUAUCAUAGAAAUGAACCCUUAAAGAUAACUGGAGGGGGAAAAUACAACUUAAGGGAAGUGGAUGACUUGCAUGCUAGAGUGUCUAUGCUUACUAAGAAAUUAGAGACCAUAGACAGAAACAAAGUAAGUGAGGCUCAGGUUAUUCAAAGAGUGUCUGAAAAAUGCAACAUAUGCGAGGACAUAGGACACCCUACUAAUGAUUGUCCCACUAUCCCAGCUUUUAAAGAAGUGUUACUGGACCAAUCUGAAGCUGUUAACAUGAUUUCAAAACCUUUUGCAGGUCCAUUCUCUAACACAUACAACCCCAGCUGGAGAAACCAUCUAAAUUUAAGUUAGAGGAAUGAGCAGUCAACCCAACCCUCGAAUCAUGCACCAGGCUCUUCUCAAUAAAUAGGAAAUCAACAAUCAGGUGCAUCAGGAUCAACUCAGUAUCCUACUGCAGCACCUUAUGGGCAGAGGAGGAAUCUUGAGGAAACUGUCCAUCAAAUGGCAGCAAACCUUCAACAGUUCAUGCAAGGGCAAGCCACCAUCAACAACCAGACUUCACAAGCCAUCAAUGAGAUUAGAGGAUCCUUGACGAGGUUGACCACGACUUUUCACACUCAAGAGAAGGGAAAAUUCCUUACUCAAUCUCAACCUAACCCGCAGGGACAGAUUCAUCAAGUGUCAAAGGUAGAGGAGACUUCCAACACUAAACCAGUAAAAGAUGUAACAACUUUGAGAAGUGGGAAAAUCUUGGUAAAUCCCACUCCUGACUCAGCCACCAUUGGUAAGGAUUCUACCCCUAAACAUGUUGAAACUGAGGUGAACAAUUUUCAAACACUUGCACCUUUUCCUACAAGGUUGACCCCUGUGCACAAAGAUAAGUAUUAUGCUGAAAUUUUUGAAGUCUUUAAACAAGUGAGAAUCAAUAUACCCUUGUUGGAUGCUAUUCAACAAAUUCCCACUUAUGCAAAAUUUCUUAAAGACUUGUGCAAUGUUAAGAGGAAAUUGAAUGUUAAAAAGAAAGCUUUUCUCACUAAACAAGUCAGUGCAAUCAUACAAAGCAACACUCCUCCCAAGUAUAAGGACCCAGGUUCACCCACUAUUGCUUGUAUGAUUGGAAAUUCAAAAAUUGGGCAUGCUUUACUUGAUUUGAGGUCUAGUGUGAAUCUGUUACCCUACUGUGUUUAUGAAAAAUUGGGCUUAGGGGAGUUAAAGUCUACUUCCAUUACCCUACAGCUAGGUGACAGGUCGAUAAAAAUACCUAGAGGGGUGGUGGAAGAUGUCUUAGUUCAGGUUGAUAAGUUUUAUUACAAUAGACUUUGUUGUUCUUGACAUGAAACUUUCAACAAACUCGUUGUUUCAAACACCUAUAAUCUUGGGAAGGCCAUUUCUGGCCACCUCCAAUGCUCUAAUUAAAUGCAGAAGUGGUGUAAUUAAAUUAAGUUUUGAGAAUAUGACAUUAGAACUGAAUAUUUUCAAUUUGUGCAAGCAACCACAAGAAGUAGAAGAAGUGCAGGAAAUAAAUUUGCUAGAAGGCAUCAUCUCAUAAACUUCUCUACUGUCUUACCAAUUUACUGAAUCAGUGCUUGAUUUAGAGGGCAACCUAGACUCAAAUGACACUUCUAAUGACACCUCUUCUGUUUCAUAUGUAGGCGCUCAAACUGAGAUGCAGUGGAAGCUAAAGGAUGAACAACUGCCUCCAGUGACAGCAACAAUAAAGCCAUCAGAGGAGCAGAUCCCAGCAUUGGAUCUUAAUCCCCUACCCACAGAACUCAAGUAUGCCUUUCUAGGACCUAAUAGCACUUUACCCAUAGUUAUUUCUUCUUGCCUAACCAAUAGACAAGAAGAAGAGCUAUUACAGGUCCUUAUAAAACAUAAGAAUGCCAUAGGCUAGACCUUGGCUGACAUUAAGGGCAUAAAUCCCUUCAUUUGCACUCAUAAGAUUUACUUGGAGGAGGAAUCUAAGCCUUCUAGAGAAAUGCAAGAAGGCUUAAUCCUUCAAUGAAAGAAAUAGUUAAAAAGGAGGUCCUUAAACUCUUGGAUGGGUCAGCCUCAUUCAAGUGGUCCCAAAAAAAUUUGGGCUGACUGUAAUUAAAAAUGCAAAAAAUGAACUAGUGCCUACCAAGGUAACUACAGGCUGGAGAAUGGGUAUUGAUUAUAGGAAGCUCGAUGCUUCCACUAGGAAAGACCAUUUUCCUUUACCAUUUCUUGACCAAGUCUUGGAAAGGGUAGCUGGGCAUGCAUUUUACUGUUUUCUAGAUGGGUUCUCAGGCUAUUAUCAAAUUGAAAUAGCAUCAGAGGACCAAGAAAAAACCACUUUCACCUGUCCAUUUGGGACUUUCGCAUUUAGAAGAAUGCCUUUUGGGUUGUGUAACACUCCAGCAACUUUUCAAAGGUGUAUGCUUAGCAUUUUCAAUGAUUUAAUAGAGAAUGGCUUAGAAGUUUUUGUGGAUGAUUUCUCUGUUUUUGGGGACAGUUUUGAAAAAUGCUUGACUAACUUGCAAGAUGUCUUGGCCAGGUGUGAAGAGAAAAACUUGUUGCUCAACUGGGAGAAGUGCCAUUUUAUGGCUCAGUAGGGUAUUAUAUUAGAACACAUAGUGUCUUCAAAGGGUAUUGAAGUAGAUAAAUAAAAAAUAGACCUGAUUUCUAAGUUACCCACCCCAAAAACUGUGAAAGAUAUUAGGUCAUUUUUAGGUCAUGCUAGAUUUUAUAGAAGGUUUAUACAAGGGUUUAGUUCCAUUUCUAAGCCAUUGCAUAAAUUGCUUAUGCAUAACACUGAAUUUGAGUGGAAAUCAGAACAUCAAGAAGCUUUUGACCGGCUCAAACACAUACUCAUUACAACCCCUAUCAUGCAACCCCUAGACUGGUCCCUCCCUUUUGAAAUUAUGGGUGAUGCCAGCAACUUUGCCAUAGGGGAUGUUUUAGGUCAGCGUAGAGAUAAAUUGCCUUAUGCCAUUUAUUACGCCAGUAAGACCCUGACUGGAGCUCAAAAGAAUUACUCCACUACAGAAAAGGAGCUGUUGGCCAUUGUUUUUGCUCUAGAUAAAUUUAGAACUUAUAUCAUAGGGUCACCUGUAGUUGUUUUUACAGACCAUGCUGCUCUGAAAUAUAUUUUUGCAAAAAAAAAAUGCUAAACCACGGCUGACUAGGUGGGUGUUGCUUUUACAGGAGUUCAAUAUCACAAUUCACGACACCAAGGGAGUGGAGAAUGUGGUGGCUGACCACCUGUCUAGAUUAACUGUCACUAAAACUGAUUCUUCUUUGCAAUCUCUGAAUCCUUUCCUGAUGAACAAAUGUUUUUAAUUGAGAAUGUACCAUGGUAUGCUGACAUUGUUAAUUUCUUGGUGACAGGGAAAACACCUCCACAAUGGAACCCUCAGGAUCUAAAAAGGUUCACAGCUGAGGUAAAAUAUUUCUUCUAUGACGACCCUUACCUGUUCAAAUACUGUUCUGAUCAAAUAAUCCGUAAGUGUGUCCCUGACAAUGAGAUUGUUGCUGUCCUGUCUACUUGUCACGAUGGGGCUUGUGGGGGCCACUUUUCUGCAAAGAAAAUAGUGGCUAAAAUCCUACAAUCUUGUUUGUAUUGGCCUCAUUUAUUUAAAGAUGCCUUAUAAUUUUGCAAAAAAUGCAAGCCAUGUCAAAAACUACGAGGAAUAACUAGGAGAAACAUGAUGCCCUUGCACCCUAUUCUAGUUUGAGAAAUCUUUGACUACUGGGGUCUAGACUUCAUGGGCCCCCUUCCCCCUUCUUUUGGGUAUAUUUAUAUCUUGGUGGUUGUUGACUAUGUCUCCAAAUGGGUGGAAGCCAUUCCUUGUAAAAAGAAUGAUCACCAAGUGGUGCUUAAAUUCUUAAAAGGCAACAUAGUGUCCAGAUUUGGUAUGCCCCGGUCCAUUAUCAGUGAUAAUGGAACACAUUUCUGUAACAGAUCACUAGAAUCACUUUUUAAAAAGUAUGGGAUCCAGCAUAAGGUGUCCACUCCUUAUCACCCACAAACCAAUGGCCAAGUGGAAUUAGCUAACAGGGAAAUCAAGCACAUUCUAGAAAAAACUGUUAAUCCCUCAAGAAAAGAUUGGUCUUUGAGGUUGGUUGAUGCCUUAUGGGCAUACAGGACUACUUAUAAAACUAUACUUGGUAUGUCUCCAUACAGACUGGUUUAUGGCAAGGCAUGACAUCUUCCUGUGGAACUUGAGCACAAGGCUUACUGGGUAGUGAAGAAGUUCAACUUUGAUAUGGAAAAGAUUGGUUCCUUGAGAAGACUCCAAUUGUCCGAGUUAGAGGAACUUAGGAGGGAUGCCUAUGAGAAUUCUAAGCUAGCCAAGGAACACAUGAAAGUCUUACAUGAUAAGAGCAUUCUUAGAAAAAAAUUUGAACCUAACCAACAAGUUUUACUCUGCAAUUCUAGGCUUCAUCUGUUCCCUGGAAAAUUAAGAUCUCGGUGGAGUGGGCCAUGCUUAGUGAAAUCAAUUUCUCCUCACGGUGCCAUAGAAAUAACAUACCCUCAGAAUGGUAAUACUUUCAAGGUGAAUGGUCAAAGACUAAAACCAUUCUUAGGAACUUAUGUACCAUAAAUUUCAUCCAUCCCAUUACAGGAACCAACUGUCAACUGACCAAGCUCAUAUGCCAACUGCACUUUUCAUUCCUUGUUUAGUUGUUUCUUUGUUUUUUGUUUGUUUCCUUCCCUUAUUUCUUUGUUUUUGUUACUCUUUAUUUUUUGAGUUAUUUCUUGCAAGAUUCUGGCUUCAUCAACCAGUUGGCAUUGCAGGCAUUAUCCAUUUUAUUUCUUUUUUUAGUAAUAAGUUCUACUCCUCAGGUAACAUCUCUUACUUCUCCUGCACACAUUGAGGACAAUGCUACAAUUUAGUUAGGGGGAGGGGAUUACCUCUCUGGGUUGACAUCAUCUCUCUGUUUAAAAAUUAAAUUAUCUCUCUCUGUGUUGGCAUUAUUUUGGUAAUAAUAAAUAAAUAAAAUAAAAUAAAAAAAUAAUGUUUGUUUAUGAUUUUCACAUGCUGAAAAAUGAUUUGUUGAAGUUACAAUCGAGAGAGGUCAAAAAUUUAGAUCAAAAAGGGGGCUUAUCCAUGUUAUUUAGUGUUAAACCACGUGAAAAAAAAUGUUAAAAGUCUCUACCAAAACACACACAACACAAUCCCAGCAUGCCUAGGAAGACUACAUUGGGUCAUUGGUUGUUAAAACACAUUUAUGGUUUGGGACUCUAAUGAACCAUAUGCUAAUGGCUUAGGAAGAAAGCUGAAAUGAAUGAGAAAAGGGACAAGCCAAGGAUUGAAAAAGAAAAAAAAAAAAAACCUCUAAGAAGUCUAGUGAUAAGGGCUUAUUUGUGAAAGUGUAGGUAGGCGCACAUUCAUAGGUCUGACCCCCACUAGAAAACCAAGAGGUGUGGCAACUUAGUGAUAAGGGCUUACUUGUGAAAGUGUGGAUAGGUGCACAUUUAUAGGUCUGACUCUCACUAAGAAACCCAAAGAAAAGAAAAAAAAAAAAGAAGAAGAAAGAUUUACAUUCAUGUUUUGGAAAAGGCUGCCUAUAACCAAGUGGAAUAACGUGAAAGCCACUAUUACAAUGGUUGUUGUGAUUGAAGCUUCUAAUGCCUCUUGGUAGUCAAUCUUGGAAUUCUAACCCUCUUCCCAUACACUUACCUGGGAGCAAACUUUAUUGCAUUUAAUUCUCUUGGUUCAUUUACUAAAUUGUGUAUAAACUCCCCAGUUGACAUUCCAAACUAAUUUACUCCAAAGUUUCUAAAACUCAACAAAUGUAAUUCAUAGCAUGUGACUUUCAAAACAUAUGGAAUGCCAUUCGGUAGCCUCCUGUGUAAGAUUCCAUUCACUUUGUUUGCUAGAGACUAGCAAAACGCUAGUUGGGGGGGUGUGAUUGGGUAAAAAUAAUAUGAAACUUUAGUUGGAAACUCAGGUAAUUUUGGUCCUAGAAUAUCAUGAAUGCACAUCCAUGCCUUACAUUUCAGAAGAAGUAAUUGUAGGGACAGAAUGGGAAAAAAUGUAUUAUUUCUACACUUGAAUUCACUCGACACUUAGAAGGAUUGAGCCUUCUCGGUGCCCUAACUCAUACAUCUUACAUUGCAGAGCUUUCCCACAUCAGAACCGCAUGGAAUUGGAGGGAAUAACCACCUGGAGAGAGAGUGCAGCAGAAUCAUUGGAGGGAAUGGAGGAAGAGAGGCUAAAAGGAGAGUGGUGGGACGCAAGAGAGGGGCAUGCUGGCUGGCAGAGCUAAAAACCGUGAGGAAAGAGGAUUGCUUUUGCAGUCAAAAAUUCUAUUUUCCUCAUCUUCUUUUCAUUUUUCUGGAUGAACCAUUUGUUGUUUUGUGCUCUCAAUAUUUAAUUUUCAUACUGGAUGGAAGGGUAAAUUUCGAAGUAACCUAGGUGAAGGGAAUCCUUUGCACAAAGAGGUUUUGCUUGGGGGUUUUGGUUUUUGUUUGAUUUUAAAUUGUGUUCAUAUGAAUUCCUAUCAAUUUCCUGGAAAUCAAGUCUAGAGGUUCAUUUGUAAUCU